UAAAUCCAUAGCAGGAUGGGAUGCGAGCAGGAUAUCCGUAAAUAAAAGUAUACAAAUAUAUUUAAAUAAGAAUAGAAUCCUUGGGUUAAUAAUACAAGUAGGUUAGAGCUUUUGAGGGGAUAAGCCGUCGACCAUUUCAUUUCAGUUCUUCUGGUCAACAACUCAAGACCCCUUACAAACUAACACCGGUUGUCAGACAAAAUUGCUGCGCUGUAAAUAUAGAACAAGAUUGGGGGUUUUCUAUCUGUUUGCAAAAGAACCAAAGAACAUAUUGACGGCGUGUGAGCAGCAACGACAUCAUCUUUAUUGAUGACAUCAAAAAGAAACGAAUGAAUCGAAGAAAUUAUACAAAUUGAAAUAUUUGUUUGCACACCAAGCAGAGAGAAGAAAGGAAGGAGCAUCUGAAACAGCUGUGGUUUUUUUUAAUGGUGUGUGCUCGAUAAAAAGAAGAAAAAACGAAUCGCAAAUAAGGCGAGCAACAACUAUUUCAACAAUUUUAUUAUACCAAUAGAUAUAAAACACAUUGCCUUGCUAAAAGCCAAACACCGCAUCGCAGGAACAUUAGUUCAAGUGGUUGCAGAAUAAGUCAUAAAAAAUAUAUAUUGAAAAUAUUGAGGCGAUUUCAAUUAUUGAGGGCACUGCCAUUGGCACAGACUGACGAGAAAGAUGUCUAAGCUUUUGUUAAUGCUGUGUUGCACAGCUUUUGUUCUGGUGGUGAGUACUAUGCCUGCCUAUGCAGGUAUUGCUCCUCAUAAGCAUGAGAAGCAUGCGAGCAAAGAACGUCUAAAGGAUGGUGUCUAUCAGGCGAGAGAUGCCCAUCAUCAUGAGAAUGGCGAACAUAAUGUGGAAUUUGAUCAUGAGGCUAUUAUAGGCAAUGUCAAGGAAGCCCAAGAGUUCGAUACUCUUUCGCCUGAGGAAUCGAAAAAGCGUUUAGCCAUUCUAAUACGUCUAAUGGAUUUAAACAAUGAUGAGUACAUUGAUCGUCAUGAGCUGAAAGCCUGGAUUUUAAGGUCUUUUAAAAAACUUGCCGAAGAGGAGGCGGCCGAUCGCUUUGAAGAAAUCGACCAGGAUAGCGAUGACCAAGUCACAUGGAAAGAAUAUCUGCAAGAUGUCUAUGCCAUGGAAGAUGAAAACUACAAAAAGGAAUUGAUCGAUUUCGAUAGCUACGAUGAGGAACAAAAAAUGAUUAAAGAUGACAAAGAGAUGUUCCAGGCAGCCGAUUUAAAUAAUGAUGGCAUGUUGAAUUCCGAUGAAUUUGUACUCUUCCAGAAUCCCGAAGAACAUCCCCAAAUGUUGCCCUUGGUGCUGGAGCAUACAAUGCGUGAUAAGGACACAAAUCGUGAUGGUAAAAUCGACUUUAAGGAAUAUGUUGGUGAGACGGCCGACCAUCAUGACAAAGAGUGGUUGAUUAGCGAAAAGGAACAUUUCGACAAGGACUUUGACACGAAUAGCGAUGGUGUGCUCUCCGGCAAUGAGGUACUCAGUUGGGUGGUACCCAGCAAUGAUGUGGUUGCCACCGAUGAGGUUGAUCAUCUAUUUGUGGCCACCGAUGAAGAUCAUGAUGAUCGUUUGUCUUACUACGAAAUACUUAAUAAUUACGAUACCUUUGUGGGCAGUGAGGCCACAGACUACGGUGAUCACUUGCAAAAUAUUCAUCAUUUGGCCGAUGAGCUGUAAGCCAUAGUUAGCACCGCGACGCAAAAGAACGAAGAGGAGCAUUACUAGUUUUCCAUAAUGCGUAUCAUGUUUGUUUUGAUAUGACAACCUUUAUAAUUUUCAGAAUUUUAAGUUGAAUUUACAUAUAGUUGUACAGAUGGUCUUCUGUAUUGAUUUAAAAAAUUGUGUCUCUCCCAAAAAAGAACGAUACCUCAACCCUAUAGAGUUGUAAGUUAAAUGUGCUAUAUUAUUUAAUUUUUUUUUUAAUUUAUAUUUUUUAUGUUUCUCUU